AUGCAAGCAAGAGCAGCUCUCUGCAGUAAUCACAAAGGGCUAUUUUCUUCUAAUUUUGCCUUCAAGGGAAUAAACGUAUCAUCUCGACGUCUUGCUCACACUGAUGUUCAAUUUCCGGACAUGUCAAGCUAUCGUAGAGAAAUAACUCUAGAUACAGAGAAAGCUGCUCGUGAAACGGAAGACCAACGCCGUUCGCUCGCUCACGCUGUGUACUACGGAGCUGGAGGUAUGAUGUCGCUAUGGGCUGGAAAGGAAGUCGUUCAAACGCUUGUCAUUUUCAAGGCUAUGGCUGCUGAUCAACGUGCUUUGGCCUCCAUUGAGGUGAACAUGAACGAUAUUCCUGAAGGGUCAACGAAAACCUACGAAUGGCGUGGAAAACCUGUCUUCGUUAAACACCGAACAAAGAAGGAGGUUGCGAGGGAGAAAGCUGUUAACUUAUCAGAGUUACGUCAUCCUGAACAUGAUGACGAACGUGUGAAAAAGCCCGAGUGGUCCAUCGUCAUUGGUGUCUGUACUCAUCUUGGCUGUGUGCCCAUCGCGAACGCUGGUGAUUUUGGAGGAUACUUUUGCCCCUGUCACGGUUCACACUACGACGCUUCCGGUCGUAUCAGAAAGGGUCCCGCUCCACUCAAUCUGCACGUACCUGCAUACACGUUCAAGGAUAACGUAAUAGUAAUAGGAUCGUCUUAA